GGGCCAUUUCUGCUUGGUGUUUUCAACCAAACGAGUUCAACGCAACCCUCACCUCCUCGCUUUGCCAAUCAUAAUCCAAUACACAAUGCUUUCCAGAGCCAUUCGACCCAACCGGGCCAUUCGUGGCCCAGUAUUUCAACCCAACCCCGUCUCAUCGCGAAGGACCGGUUCCUCUCUACGUCUGCAAGCCCAGGUAGCCGAUGUCAGCAAAGGCAUCGACACGGAUGGCUGUUCUCUCCCGGCCUUCAUCGGCAACCCCAACGUCCAGAGCGAGCCGUCUGUUGUCGGACCGAUCGGCACCCCGCCGUAUGAUUCCCCCGGUGCCGCCAAACUCGAGAACGUUCUCGCAAAUACUGUCUCUUUUGAGCUUCAGAGUGGCCGCGAUGAGUUUUGGCGCAAAGUGCCUUAUUGGGCAGAUGUGACAGCCAAGGACUUCCUGUCGUAUCGCUGGAGUGUCGCCAAUACCGUACAGGGCACAGUCAAGCUCUUCAAGUUCUUGCAAACUGUCGUCCCAGAAGAGGUGCCUGUGGACAAGCUCGGCAUGCAGAUGCAGUCCCGUGACGAAUUCAUCAAAGACGUCCUCGAUGGUGUGGCUGCUGCAACGAUGGCAAUCCGAAUGACACCAUACAUCCUGAGCCGCAUCAACUGGCUAGAUCCUCGCCAUGACCCCAUCGCCCGGCAGUUCUUGCCAAUGAAGUCGAUCAUGCUUCCCGACCAUCCGAAGCUCACACUUGACUCGCUCCACGAGACUGCCGACUCGCCCGUCAAGGGUCUAGUACAUCGGUACACAGACAAAGCACUGUUUCUGCCGACUUCGGUUUGUCCCACAUAUUGCAUGUUUUGCACCCGCUCUUACGCGGUUGGAGCCGAUACAAAUACCGUAACGAAGGCAUCCCUGAAGCCGACCCGCAGACGUUGGGAGGAGGCUUUUGCCUACAUUGAGAGCCGACCGGAACUCCAGGAUAUUGUAGUGUCUGGCGGUGACUCAUACUACCUCCAGCCGGAGCAGCUGACUCUCAUCGGCGAGCGCUUGAUUAGCCUACCCAACAUCAAGCGGUUCCGCUUUGCUUCCAAGGGAUUAGCUGUAGCUCCGACUCGAAUUCUGGAUGAGUCCGAUGGCUGGGUGAAUGCCCUCAUUGAUAUCUCCAACAAAGCCAAGAAGGCCGGAAAGUCGAUGGCGUUGCACACUCACUUCAACAGCCCUAAUGAGAUCUCGUGGAUUAGCUCGGAUGCUUCCCAGAAGCUCUUUGAGAAUGGUGUCAUGGUUCGUAAUCAGACCGUCUUGCUUCGCGGCGUCAACGAUGAUUACGAGACCAUGUCAACCCUCAUCCGCCAGCUAGCCGACAACAAUAUUACACCUUACUACGUUUACCAGUGUGAUUUGGUUGAGAGGGUGGAGCACCUUCGCACACCCUUGCAAACCAUUCUGGACCUAGAGGCCAAGAUCCGCGGGUCAAUUGCAGGUUUCAUGACUCCCUCUUUUGUUGUCGACCUUCCUGGUGGAGGGGGGAAGCGGCUUGCAUGCUCCUAUCAGAGCUACGACCGUGACACGGGCGUGUCAACCUUUGUGGCCCCCGCCGUCACGGGUCGGGACAAAGCCGACAAGGUCUAUGAGUACUAUGACCCGGUUGACAUGCUCCCGGAAGCCUCGCGAGGGGUAUACAAAUCCUCAAUAUAACGGACGGUGACUGGCCAUACUCCAAGGGGUAUAUGGCGUCAGGUAUCGGAAUCUAGCUCCAACUACCACGGUUCCGAAAGUUUAUUGCUGGCGUAGAUAGGUUGCCUGAUCUUGCAAGUUGGAAGUCCAACCUGCAGGUAAGCUGGCCGUUGUAGUUCGAUGAGACUAGGUGACAAGGUGAUGAAUGGUAUCUUUUUGUAUCGAAGCCUCAUUAAGCCAAGGGAGGAAUUCAUCAGUUUAGGCGGUGGCUGGAUGAUAUUGUGCGUUUUCAGAUAUCAUCACACAUAGGUAGUUAACUGCACGUAGAAUCGACUUUGUAAUUCAACAAGUGUCCAUGCGGGCGAAGUAGCAGCGUACACUGUGAAUGAUGCUCACGGACCUGAGUUGUGUCCUGGCAAGGUGAACUUCUUGUCAUUUGAAACUCAACGACCCGUUAGUCCAAUGCCGCGUGGCGUUCCAGUUCGGCUUGAGCUUUCUUUGCCUUGACCCCCAUCAUCAAACUGUGGCCCAUUGCUUCUGGGACUGGAAUAAAAUGCACCUUACAGAUGCUUGCAUGAUGGCUGUUCUUUCUGUAAGUCAUGCCAGUAAGCGUUUUCUUCUUUUCGUGAAUACCUCCCUCGGUAUCUCGGGGUAGGUAGAUCGAUUGUGAUCGAUGA